AAAAAAAUAUUAAAGAAAAGAAUUUUGUAAUAUUUUUAUGACAUUAUUACCGAACAGCGAUUCUUUCUCUGUCUUCGCCUUGGCCAUUCCAGUAUUCCGCUCUCUGUUUUCUCAUUUCGUCGCCUUAAUCUCAACCCUAACAAUUUCUAAAUCUAUCUUCGAUUUUAGCACUUGAAUUCCUCUCUGGUCUCCGAUUUCUGUCAGUGCGGUUAGGGUUUUGAUUUCUUCUACUGCCAAUGUUAGCGUCGGGAGAUUGUCUGAGCAGAGGGGGAUUUUGAAUGUUGAUAGUGCAAUAAUUUCGGCGAUUUGGAUUCGAAUUGCUUGGGAAAAAGGGUUUUGCCGUGGACUUGAAGAUCUGCGGCUGACGAAAUGGCCACUGACUUGCCGAUGAGCCCUGAGUUGGAGCAGAUCCAUGGUGAAAUUCGCGAUAAUUUCCGUGCUCUUGCAAAUGGCUUUCAGAAGCUCGAUAAAAUCAAAGAUUCCAAUAGGCAAAGCAAACAGCUGGAGGAACUCACUGGGAAGAUGAGGGAAUGCAAAAGAUUGAUUAAAGAGUUUGAUCGUGAAAUUAAAGAUGAGGAAAGCAAAAAUCCUCCUGAAGUGAAUAAGCAACUCAAUGAUGAGAAGCAGUCUAUGAUCAAAGAACUGAAUUCCUAUGUGGCAUUGAGAAAAACAUUCAUGAAUACUCUUGGUAACAAGAAAGUUGAACUCUUUGAUAUGGGAGCAGGAGUAAGUGAACCUACUGCAGACGAAAAUGUCAAAAUGGCAUCAUCAAUGUCAAAUCAGGAGCUUGUUGAUCAUGGAAGGAAAGCAAUGGAUGAGACUGAUCAAGCCAUUGAACGCUCUAAAAUGGUUGUCCAACAAACAAUUGAAGUAGGAACACAAACUGCCGGGACCUUGAAGGGCCAAACUGAACAAAUGGGUCGUAUUGUGAAUGAGUUGGAUACAAUUCAGUUCUCCAUUAAGAAGGCUUCCCAACUAGUGAAGGAGAUUGGCAGACAGGUUUAGUUGAUUGUUUGGGUUCUAAAUCUGUCUCUUUAAUUUAACUUUUUAUGUGUAUUACUAUUUAAAUUUCUUUUUUCACCCACAGGUGGCUACAGAUAAAUGUAUCAUGCUAUUCCUCUUUCUUAUCGUCUGUGGUGUGAUUGCCAUUAUAGUUGUGAAGAUUGUCAAUCCCAACAACAAGGAUAUCAAGAACAUUCCUGGAUUGGCACCCCCAGUACCCUCAAGGAGGCUGUUAUAUGUAAGGGACCCUCAGUAAUUGGAGUUGAUGCAUCAUUCCAGACUGGAGAUUGGCAAUACCCAUCUGGUUUUCCACGAUAUAGUUGGCUUAAUGGGAGUGGAAGGUUUGGGGCAAUGCAGUUCAGAGGAAUGUAUGGGUUUUCUCCUUGUCUUUUCAAUAUAUCCGUUCUUGCUUGAGGUGUGCAUAUCCUGGUUCCUAACCUGUUUGUGUAUAUCAUUUCCCGGCGGUCUUUGGCAUUAUUUUCAAUGAGAUUCCAUGGUUCUUUUUGUACCCUUGAAGAUUGUUGUAGAGGUAGAAAGUGAUAACAUACCUUGGUUAUGAAUGGACUCGACAUGUGUAAUGCUUAAUUUCAUAUUUUAAAGGAAAAUAGCUUCUUGGACUAUUUUUAUGAUGCUGUAUCUACUGCUGGUUAAUUCUUCCAUUGAUUGCGUAAUAUCCCCAAAUUUCACAACCAAAGAAAUUACGAAGUUUUUCUCUAAGAUCACUGUCAGCAAAUCAUCAGUCUUACUGAAAAUAAAUCUGUAAGCCGCACAUUGCAGCCAUGUAAGACUUGUAACUUGCAAGUCUGAAUGAAAGAGGUCUAAUUUU